UUUCUCACUCACCGUUCACUGUAUGUCAACGCCCCUGCAGUUGUGAUCACCAGCAAUGAAACGUUCCGAAUAUACCGCACUGUAAUGGUAGCAGUCCUCAGGCGCUUCUUCAACGACGUUCCAUAUCAACCCAGUUGCUGGUCUGUAUCACUUCGUUCACUAUGGAAGCAUUCAUUGGUCGUACACGAGCCUCCUUGAUCUCAUCUUGCAGGUUGUGCAGCGCUUGCAGAAGCCGUAUCAUAUCUUCAAGACUUGUAAGACUUAAUGCUAGAUGCGACAUGGCACAACGCCGCCUCAAAGGAAACAUCGCAGCUCCUGGAGAACAGGCUCAACCUCUGCAAGGGUUCUAUGCAGAUCUCCUCGAGAACCCGGUACAUUCAGCACAAAAUAGAACGAGAUCACAGCCUGCGCCACUACCCCCAGACGACUUAUCUAUGAACGAGAAAGACGAGAGACUACGGAGGGCACGAGUAGUUUUUGGCUCAAGACUUGCCGGCCCUCGAGAGCGCGAAGACCAACUUCGGCGCGAGUCUACCACUAUAGCUGGUGUCAUAGUCCCUCCUCGACCUAGCGAGCCAGAUAACUGUUGUAUGAGUGGCUGUGUUAACUGCGUAUGGGAUCGCUACAGAGACGAGUUGGAAGAUUGGGCAGCUGCGAGCGCGGAGGCACGUGUGAAGUUGCAAUCGCAGAGUGGAGAGCAAGUCACGGAGGAAAUAGGCACAGCCCCUGCUACGCCUUUACACGCGGCUGUAAACAAGGACGAUGACGGCGGGAGGAGAGACACGAAUUGGACAGCUUCUGAAGAUUCGUCGGCGGACUUGUUUAGCGAUAUACCCGUGGGAAUUCGAGAGUUCAUGAGGAUGGAAAAGAAGCUUAAGCAGAGGCAUCAGCAGGAACGAGUUCUUGAAGGUUGAAUGCAGUAGAUAUGUAGCAUUAACUCUGUGAUGCGUGCGUUCUAUAGUGUGCAGCCGUAUCGUUCG